GGGAGGGUUCACCUGGGCGGAGGCGGAAUUUAGAAGCCAGCGGACACCGAGCCCCCGAGGCGGGGGAAAAGGAGCUCGUCGCCAGAUUCCCCGGAGCCGGGCGGAGGGUCGCGCCACCCCUCUCUUCAUUUUGGCCCGCUCGACGCCCGCUAGGGGGACACGCCACAGUCAUGGCGUGGAGCGCGACGUCGCCCGGGGCCAACCAGCCUGACAACACGGCCUUCACGCAGCAGCGCCUGCCGGCCUGGCAGCCACUACUGUCGGCCGGCAUCGUCCUGCCGCUGUUCUUCUGCGUGGGUCUGGCCUUCAUCGGCCUGGGAUUAGGUCUCUACUACACUUCAAACGGCAUCAAAGAGCUGGAGUAUGACUACACCGGCGACCCGGGCACGGGAAAUUGCUCGGUUUGCGCCGCGGCCGGGGAGCGAGUGGCCCCGCCACCCGCCAACUGCACCUGCCAGUGGUGCUUCUCGCUGUCCGAGCUCUUCCAGGGACCCGUGUUCCUCUACUACGAACUGUCCAACUUUUACCAGAACAACCGCCGCUACGUGGUCUCGCGAGAUGACGCACAGCUCAGCGGACUGGCGAGUGCGCUACGUCAUCCCACCAACGAGUGCGCGCCGUACCAGCGCAGCCCCGCCGGCGUGCCCAUUGCGCCUUGCGGCGCUAUUGCCAACAGCCUCUUCAAUGAUUCCUUCAAGCUGCUGCACCAGCGCCUGCCGGGCGGUGCCUAUGUCGAGGUGCCCCUGGACCGCACCGGCAUCGCGUGGUGGACUGACUACCACGUCAAGUUCCACAACCCGGAGCCCAUCAAUGGCAGCCUGAAGCUGGCCUUCUACGGCACAGCCAAGCCGCCCAACUGGCCGCGUCCGGCCUACGACCUGAGCCCGGAUCCCAACAACACGGGCUUUGUGAACCAGGACUUCGUGGUGUGGAUGCGCACGGCGGCUCUGCCCACGUUCCGCAAGCUGUACGCACGCAUACGCCACGGCAACUACUCGGCCGGGCUGCCACGCGGGGCCUAUUGCGUGAAUAUCACCUACAACUACCCGGUGCUGGCCUUCGACGGCCACAAGCGCCUUAUCUUCAGCAGCAUCUCGUGGAUGGGCGGCAAGAACCCCUUUCUGGGCGUCGCCUACCUGACCUUUGGUUCCCUCUGCAUCGUCACGGGCUUCGUUAUGCUCGUUGUGUACAUCCGGCACCAGGACGAGAACGGCGAGGACGAGGACGAGUGACCCGAGCGGGGCAGGGCUGGCGGCAGCUCUUAUAGGGACCUCUCCCCCCCCCCCCCCCCCAAUCUCUUACCUGGGUAUCUUCUUGCAAGCAUUUUGAGCUUUCUUCCCAGCGCUACCCCAUUCCUCCUUUCUGCAGAAUUCCCAGUUCUUAACAGCUUCUAAUUGUCUUUGUGGAGCUGUUUGAAUGAGGUGUAGGGGAAUAGCCCUCUAAACUACUUUAAUCAUUGGGAAACUGAUAUCAUCAUUUUGAGCCUCCUCCCUCAUUAAACAUCUUCCCAGUUACCCCAAUCCAUCCCUCUAGCGCUCCAAUUCUUGAUUGUUUCUAUUGAACUGUUUGAAGAAUAGAUCUGAAGUCCAGGGACAUUAACAUUUCCUUUCCCAUCCCCUCGCAACCCAGUUCUUCAUUGUUUGGAGGAAAGAUACAAAGUCCAGGAAAUUUAUCCUCUACCUCUUUGAGGAGGAAUGGUUGAAUCUUUGUAGUUUUUUGAGCUCCCACCCUCUUUUAACACCUUCCUACCUCCAAACUUUUCUCCCCUUCAAUGCAGUAAAAUUUUAAUUGUCCUUGGGGAAGUGAUUGAAUGAUAGACCUGAAGUCCAAGAAAGUUUCCCUUUCUUUUUUUUUUAAUGUGUUGGAGGUUUUAAUUGAGUCUUACCAGUUUUUUACCUACCUUUUAAAAACAACUUCUUACCCCAUUCCCCUUCUUACUGUGAAUGGUACCUUUCUGUAGAAUGGUACCUAACUUUUUUUUUUUUUUUUAAUUGUUCCUGUGGGAGUAGUUAGAUAAUUGACAAGAACUUCAGAUAAUUGUUCUCUUUUCAUUAUUUGAAAGUUCAUCUGUUUUCUGAAACAUUACUAUAGAUAAUGUUGCAUGUAAGAUUUUUAGGUUUCAAGCAGUCAGAAAUUUUAUGAAUCAUAUAGGUGAAGAAAUGGAAGCCCAAAAAGAAGUAGCUUGUCUAAGUCCACAAAACUAGUGGCAAAGCUGGGAUAGGAAAAAUAAAUUGAAUGACACUAAAUCCAUUGCUCUUAUACUACAUCGGCCUGCCUCCCCAGAUAAUAAUGAUUGACUUUACAAAUCAUGAUUUUGUUUACUUCCUAAGGAAGUACUAAGAUUUUUUCUUUUUAUUAUUGUAGUAGAGGCUUGACAUGUUUCUAUAGCAGUAAUUGAAAGGUAGGCUAUUUUUGUAUAUUUAUCUGCAAGAUAGUAUUCAUAAUAAUUUAUAUAAUAUUUGAGUAUAGGGCAUUAUACUACUACUAAAGGCUGAUUUAUAUGAUGAUUUACGGUCUGCAAACUACAUACAUUAUCUCAAUUGAGCCUCAAAACAAACUUUUAAAUAUAACAGGUAACAUCUUCCUUUUACAGGGUGACCCAACCCUGUAGGGGAGUUGGGAGUAGGGAGGUUGAUAUAGAGGUGUCUAGGGUGGGUGAGACUAGUGAUAUGGUUAGUAUGUGAAGAGAGCCUAGGUUGUUGUGUAGGUACAAUAGUGCUACUAAAAGAGGGAGGGACCCAAUUAGUGUAUAGAAGAGGAAAUAUAAUCCUGCAUUGAGUCGUUUGUUUUGGCUGCCUCAUCGAGUGAUGAUGAUGAGGGUGGGGAUUAAAGUAGUCUCAAAUAAGUUAUAGAAUAUGAUGAGUUCAGAUGAGGUGAAAGCUAUGAUUAGGUUCAAAAAGGCUGAAUGGCUUGUCCAUGGUCACCUAUUUCAUAAGGGUUAGAGACAAGAUUCUAACCAAAGUCUUCCUAAAUCCAAUACUCUAAUCGCUCUACAAGGCUUACAUUUGGCAGGACUUUUCUUUUAUCCUAUACAAAAUUUACUUGCUUUGUUAUAUUUAAGAGAAUUUGCACUCCAACUUUAUGCCUUUUCUUUAAAUAAGAAUAUAUUUGAUUUUCUAGAAGUCUUUGUCUACCAAUUAAUUCCCAGAAAGGCCAAAUGAUUCCAGUCAGAGGGACUGCAGGACAAACUAAGGGCAUAAAAUCAAACUUAAUUUUUUUGUUGUUGUUGGCACAUGUUUUAUCAGAUCCUAGGCAAACAAUAAAUCUCAGGAAAGAUUCUCUUUCCAUUUCCUCACAGUAAGAUUUUAGGCUUCUCAUUGUUUUGUAAACCUUAAUGAGAAAGGCAAAAAUACUUAACUUUUCUGAGGAUUCUAGAAGUAGCUUCUCUUUUAAUUGUGCUCUCAAAUAAAAAUUACAUGUUUCUUGUAAUGUUUAAAAUUAAUACUGUAGGCAGAGGAAAGAUACUACAAACUGAAAUUUGAAGAACUUUUUGAAACUCAGAGGAUUAUUAAGCUUUGAACUGAAUCUUUUUUGUGAUCAUUCAAGUGAUUGUUUAAAAUUCUCCUAAGAAACAAUUGUUUUUUUAAAAUCCCAUCAUUGUAUGUUAUUAAUUCUUAGAAGUUUAAAGAACAGUUAUAUUCUUCCUAUCUAAUUUAUUCUGGUGAUAGUAUGCAUGCAAAUGUCCAGAACUUUAUUAA